AUGUCAACUGUGUUGACAAUUCGAAAAUAAAAGAUAGUUUUUUGUAAAAUUGUUGAAAAUGGUUAAUAUUUUACAAAUAAAAGUGUAUUAAUAUUUUCCAAAAUAGAGCACAUGAAGAGCAGUUUUUAAGCGAUGUAGCACUUGCAUUGUUUCAUUAAUUUUUCGGCAUUUAUAUAUGAAUUACGCUAAAUAAUUACAGUUCCAUACAUAUGAGUUCAGGAAGCAUUGCUGAGCCGAACACCAUGGCCAGUGAGGAAGGAGUGCCGGUGGACCUCUACAUAUAUGACCUCUCCAAUGGAAUGGCUGCACUGCUGGCUCCAUCUAUAAUAGGAAGGCAUGUGGAGGGCGUGUGGCACACGGGAGUGGUGGUGUACGAGCGGGAGUACUUCUACGGCGGCACCGGCGUCUCGAGCUGCGCGCCGGGUGGCACGCAGCUGGGCGCGCCGUACAAGGUGGAGCGGCUCGGCACCACGUUCGUGCCCUUCCCCGUCUUCAACGAGUACAUACAGGGGCUCGCCACCACUACCUACACCGGCUCGGCGUACCGGCUGCUGGAGCACAACUGCAACCACUUCAGCGACGAGGUGGCGCAGUUCUUGUGCGGCGCGCGCGUGCCCAAGCACAUCGUGGCGCAGCCCGAGCGCGACCUGCCGCCCGCGCUGCGCCUGGCGCUCGAGGCCGUGCUGUACAAGCUGGUGCCCGACGGAGACCAGGUAUACGCCAAUGGAGUGCGCCACAGCCGCCGGGACAGCCCCGACUUCCUCACGCUCAACAACCAAAUCGAAGAGGCGAGGGUGGCGUCGCAGGAGCUGGGCGCGCGCCGCAGCACGCUGGCGGAGAAGCUGGCGCGCAAGGAGCGCCGCAAGGAGAAGAAGAGGAAGAAGCAGCGCGGGCAGGACGGUGACGUGGCAGACCUUGACGAUGACAUGGCGGAGGCAGUAGAGGUGGUGACAGAGCAGCGGGCAGCACUGGCCGGGCCCAGCUCGCGCGACCUCGACGCCGAGGCGGACGAGCGCCUCGCCGAGGAGCAGCGGCGCCGCGCGCGCGACCCGCCCAUCAUCUACCGGGACAUCGAUGGCGCGCAAGAAUUCGAGGCGUUCUCAAAGGCGUUGGAGGGCGCGGAGUUGAAUGCCGACGAGCAGCAGAGCCUGGACGAGCUGCAGCAGUACCUGGUGCAGGGCGAGGGCAGCUGGGUGCUGGGCGACGAGUUCCUGAGCUUCAUCGGUCGUGUGCUGUCAGAUGACGGGCUAAAGUCGGAGUGCCGCGUGGGCGCGCUGCGCUGCCUGGCGGCGGCGGCGCUGCGCGACGACGUGUCGCUGCUGCUGCACCAGGACCGGCGCCACCACGCGCUGCUCGCCUACGCGCACCGCGUCGACGCGCACCCGCCGCCGGAGCAGCUCGCGCUCGCCGUCUUUAUCUGCAACCUAUUCGAGAACACGUCGUCAUCGGAGUGGCUGCUGUACAUCAGCGAGUGGGAGGCCAACGGGCAGACGCUCUCCAACAUCCGCGUCACCACUAAGGUGUGCGUGCACUGCGUGCUGAGCGAGGCGGGCGAGCUGCGCGACGCGGGCACGGCGCUGCUGUACAAUGUGGCCACCAAGGAGGUAAAGACUGUGGUGUUCGACGAGGUGUGCGUGGAGCUGUGCAUGGCCGUGCUGCAGCUGGUGGCGUGGGCGCCGGGCGAGGAGACGCUGUGGCGCGCGCUGGCCGCGCUGGCGCGUCUCGGUGCGCACUCCGCCGAGGUGCCGCAGCUCGUGGCGAUGGUGGGCCCCGACCCGUCCGCCUUCAGGUGAGUGACGAGCGACCACUUGCUGGUGCUCGACGAGGUGUGCGUGGAGCUGUGCAUGGCCGUGCUGCAGCUGAUGGCGUGGGCGCCGGGCGAGGAGACGCUGUGGCGCGCGCUGGCUGCGCUGGCGCGUCUCGGCGCGCACUCCGCCGAGGUGC